AUGGCCGACGUCGAGAUGGACAUUGACGAGCACCCCAGCAGCAGCAGCAGCAGCAGCAGGAGACGGACAACCAGCAGCACAGCAAGCCCCCGACGACGGCCAGGCGGCCCCCCGCGCAACGAAGUCGCAGAUGCAGGACGCACCGUCGGCGCGACGACCGCUCCCGCUCGAUUCGAGGCUGGAUCGUCCAUCCGUGGACAACGUCCACGAGGAGGCCGACGAGGGAGGGCCCUGCACGACAUGUUUGGCGAGUACGGCGAGAUCAAGAACCUGCACCUGCCCCUCGACCGGCGGAGCGGUUACGUCAAGGGUUACGCCCUCAUCGAGUACGCCACGCUCGCCGAGGCCCGCGCCGCCAUUGACGACGCGCACAAGGCCAAGCUGCUUGACCAGAGCAUCAGCGUCGACUUUGCCUUUGUGCGACCCCCGCCAGGGAAGAACAGCGACCGCCACGGAGGCGGCGGCGGCAGCGGAGGAGGAGGCGGUGGCAGGGCUCGCGCCCAGAACCGCGGGAGGGGGAGGAGCCGAAGCCGCAGCAGGACACCGGGCGUCGCUGCCGGGGCCGACAAGGCGGCGGAAGUCGAUGCCGAGUAA